UCUGUUUUGGCGACUGAGUUCCGAUGGGCAAGUCCUCAUGGAAGCACGAAAACUGGUGAGUGGACGCUUGGGGGCUCAACUGCUGCGGUGUGGAAAACAGCAAGGAAGGCCGAAGUUCACUGCAACAACAGCGCCGCCAGCGCACCUGGUGUAUGACCAGCUGCCCGACAAAGCUACAUUGCUUCUUGUUGCCCAGAGUGCUGCGUCGAGCAAUUACAAGGACCAGGUUUUCUGGCAAAACUGCAGCUCACAGGCUCGCAGAUUGUGCCAGGAUGACUUACACGCGCUCGCAUGUUACGCUGCCACUGCCGCGUCAGCCCAGCAUCAAGACGACGAAUUGCUGUACAAUGUUGGUGACAUGGCUGUUGCGGCAGCUGAAAACAAUAUGCUGGAGCCGGGGAAUUUGGCUUUAGUCCUUCAAUCUCAUGCCAUUCUUGCGUUCCGCAAUGACCGAGUUGUGGGAAGAAUGGAAUCGGAACUUUUUGAGAUGCUGAGACAGUCAAAGGCUACUGCAGCGUGUUUGGCCACCUCGCUAUUGUCUUUGUCCCAGCUGUUUUCUGCCUCCGCACUACCAGAUCGAAGUGAAAGGUGCGAGAGAUCUGAACUAAUAGACGGAGGAGCCAGAGUUGCAUUGGAACAUCUGUCCUUUUUUACAGUUGCGCAGCUUUGCAAUCUCUUGCAAGCUAUGGCAAACUUCAGAAUCCGUGGUGAUCGACAAGUGUCAGCCCUGCUUCUUGGAAUCAGCAAUUCACUUGCUCGACAAACCAGCGAGCUGAGCUCAAAGGAUUGUGGUACGAUAGCCAAAACGUUUGCCGUUUGCAGGGUUCAUGAUGAAAGGAUUUUGACAGCACUUGCAAGCAGACUACGUGAAAAAGACGUACGAACUCUUCUGACAGCUGAGGAGCUUUCAAGUGUGCUGUAUGGAUUUGCAAAAUUUACCAGUCAAGACAUUGCUUUGUUGGAUUUACUAUCCAUAGAAGUUCGGCGCCACCUGCAUGCCUUGGACGCUACCCUGAUGAGCUCGAUGCUUGCAUCAUUGGCCAAAGCUGGGGUGAGCUGCCCUGUUCUGACAGGCCGUGCAACCCAAAUACUUCGCCGCACCCUUCCAGGAAAUGAGUCUGCAGUGUCACACCGUGUGUCACACCCUUGCAACCUUCAGCUUGCAACUUUUAGUGAACUAUCCGCGUUAACUAUGGCAUUUGCAAAGUUUCAAGUCCGAGACUCCCGUUUGCACGAAAGGCUGGCGCAAGCCUUUCUUGAGUGCAACGAUUCGAUCCAACCAAUAAAAGCACUAGAAGUCCAGUCUUGUCCUGAGCUCAUCAAUGUAGUGCACGCCUUUGCAAAGGUACAUAUAGCACCUGUGAAACUAUUUGGUGCGGUCAUGGGCUUGUUGCUCUCACGACCACCUGAAGAGUUGAGCACUCGAGAUGCUGUGAAAUUCCUGCAUGCAUUGGCGAAGGUUGAGUACACCAUUUUACCACAAAUGAAAGGACACAUCCUCGCAGCAUUGUCUCCUCAUCGGUUGAACGAGCUUGGGGUUUUUGAGCUACUGAAGCUGGCAGUUGCUGCGCGCAAGCUCGGAUUGGAUUUGCCACAACUGGAAGCGCAGGUUGGUGCAAUACUUCCGAACGAGCCUUCUUUACAGAGUCAGAGUGGAAAUCCUCAACGCCGCCCUGUCAGCAAGAGGCGACGCAGAAAAAGCGCUCGCAAACAAAAGUGGAGCUGGUAGAUGAUGCAAAGAGCUUUUUCAGGGAAGGAAGAUGGCAAGCCCAAGGAAGUUUGAUCCAAAGGAAGAACAGAUGAGGUCGCCUGUUGUUUCCAUCAAUUUCAGAGACACGAUUGGGAAGGCUUAUUUGCGUGUACUGGUAGCUGGACAUUCUCACACCUGGUUGUGCUGAUGGUUGAUGACUCAACGACAGAGUCGAUGGAAAAUCUGCAAGAACAUCGAUGCCUUUGGUUUCAUUUUCAAUUGAGAUUGGUUCUGCUCAAUACCGGCGUUU